ACAGUACAAAAAUUGUCAGUAUCCGAUGCCCCACUCCUCCUUCCUCCUCACCUUCGCCCUUACUUUCUUUGAAGCUACCUUAGCCGUCGAGCUAAACAUUACAAAGGGGGUUCGCCGGAGAAGAAAUCACUGAUUUUGUCAGUGGCAAAAACAUGGCUGAGUCGUCCGGUUGCGGUUGCUGUUGCAAGUGCUGUCUGAGAUUAAUAAUAUCUAUAGGUGUGCUGUCGCUGAUCGUGUGGCUAACUCUACGAGCUGACACACCCAAAUGUUCCAUCCAAUACUUUUACCUCCCUGCCCUCAACAAAACCUUAAAUACCCCAAAAAACAACACCCUCUUGUUCGAGCUCAGGCUGCAGAACACCAACAAGGACAAGGGGGUUUACUAUGAUGCUCUGAACCUCACUUUCUAUGACAAUCCCAAUAGAUCGCUGUCGCACAUCAUAGGAACCUACACCAUUCCUGCGUUCUACCAGGGGCACCAGAAAAAGGCGAAGAGGAGAGAGUCUGUGAAGGUCAAUAACACACUGGUUUUAGGGUCGGGUCUAACAAACGGGCCCCCGGUUUUCCGGGUGGAUUUGGCCACGGCGGUCAGGUUCAAGAACAUUUUCUGGAAGUGGAAGAGCAAGAGGCACAAGUUGGUGGUAGCGGCAAAUGUGGAGGUCAACGAACAAGGUGUUAAAGUAAACAAGAAAGGUAUCAAGCUCAAGUCCGGCGCACCGGAGAAUGGGUACUGCGAUCGUGCGCAGGUGGGGGUUUUGCUUGGUUUGAUGGUAUUGGUUUUGCUUAAUUUUCGUUGACUUUUCAUGAUUUCAACUUUCAAGGCAUUUGAUGGUUGAUAUCUUUUUUUUUUUUACCUAAUUUCAGGAAAUUGUUUGUAUUGCUUUAUGUAAGAAGAAAUGCGUGUAUCUUUGCAAAAAUUGACUGUAGAAAUUUACAUUUUUAAUCAUAAUUGUAGUGGGUUGUGCUGGCCAACAUGAAGCUGAAUGAGAAAGAUUGAGCUAUUCUUGUUUCUGGGUCAAA